AUGUCUCUCCGUUCCUUCCAACGUACCGCUUUGAAGAGAGCUUUGCAAACCAGAACCUACGCUUCUGAGCCAACCUUGAAGGCUCGUUUCGCUGAGCUUUUGCCUGAGAAGGUUGAAGAAGUCAAGCAAUUGAAGAAAGAGCACGGCAAAACCGUCAUUGGUGAAGUCCUUUUGGAACAGGCAUACGGUGGUAUGCGUGGUAUCAAGGGUCUUGUCUGGGAAGGUUCUGUCUUGGACCCAAUUGAGGGUAUCCGUUUCAGAGGUAGAACUAUCCCAGACAUCCAGAAGGAGUUGCCAAAGGGUCCAGGCGGUAACGAGCCUUUGCCUGAGGCUUUGUUCUGGUUGUUGUUGACCGGUGAGGUUCCAACCGACGCCCAGACCAAGGCUCUCUCUGAGGAGUUGGCUGCUAGAUCUGCUUUGCCAAAGCACGUUGAGGAGUUGAUCGACAGAUCUCCAUCCCACUUGCACCCAAUGGCCCAGUUCUCCAUUGCCGUGACUGCUUUGGAGUCUGAGUCUCAGUUCGCCAAGGCUUACGCUAAGGGUGUUCCAAAGUCUGAGUACUGGAAGUACACCUACGAGGACUCCAUUGAGUUGUUGGCUAAGUUGCCAAACAUUGCCGCCAGAAUCUACAGAAACGUUUUCCACGACGGUAAGUUGGCUGGUGAGGUCUCCAAGGACUUGGACUACGGUGCCAACUUGGCCAACUUGCUUGGCUUUGGCGGCAACAGCGAGUUCGUUGAGUUGAUGAGAUUGUACUUGACCAUCCACUCUGACCACGAGGGUGGUAACGUCUCUGCUCACACCACCCACUUGGUUGGUUCCGCUUUGUCCUCUCCAUUCUUGUCUCUCUCUGCUGGUUUGAGCGGUUUGGCUGGUCCUUUGCACGGUAGAGCCAACCAGGAGGUCUUGGAAUGGUUGUUCAAGUUGAAGGAUGACUUGAAGGGCGACAUCUCCAAGGAGUCUAUCGAGAAGUACUUGUGGGACACCCUUAACUCUGGUAGAGUUGUUCCAGGUUACGGUCACGCUGUCUUGAGAAAGACUGACCCUCGUUACACUGCCCAGAGAGAGUUUGCCUUGAAGCACAUGCCAGACUACGACUUGUUCAAGUUGGUGUCUAACAUCUAUGAGGUUGCUCCAGGUGUCUUGACCAAGCACGGUAAGACCAAGAACCCAUGGCCAAAUGUGGACUCCCACUCUGGUGUCUUGUUGCAGUACUACGGUUUGACUGAGGAGUCCUUCUACACUGUCUUGUUCGGUGUCUCUAGAGCCUUCGGUGUCUUGCCUCAAUUGAUCAUUGACCGUGGUCUUGGUGCUCCAAUUGAGAGACCAAAGUCCUUCUCCACUGAAAAGUACAUUGAGUUGGCCAAGAACAUUGGCAAGAACUAA